AUGGAUACUUCCGUCCCGUCUCCAUUAGAGAUCGCAUCACCACCAGCAGGACUUGCCUCUCCUCCUGCUCCUCCGCCGAGUCCGAGCUCAAGCUUGAUGCAAUUCCUCGAAGAGGCAGAUUUUCGAGAUUCGAAUCGCUGCACCAUAUGCAAUGAAGACUUGGCUGAGGCUAGAGUCGACGAGACUAUAGAAACACCAUCUGUCCUUCCCUGUGGGCAUGUCUUCGGGAACCUCUGCAUCUCUCGAUGGCUGCAUGAUUCCACACAUCAGAAUUGCCCUAUUUGUCGUCGUCGAAUGACCUAUCGUUCUUGUGGCCAUACCGUGAAGCCACUGCCAGUUGCAGAGAGUCCACAAUUAGUGAAGGAAGAGCAUAUGCCAGAAAAAUGUUUGCUUUGCAGAGAGGGAAGCGAGAUGUUGAAAGAGAGGAUACGAUGGGUGAAAGAUAGGAUGGAUGCGGAAGUGAGAGCAUUGGAAGGAUUGAGAGUAUUGAGGAUGACAAGAGGUUUCGCGGCUUUCGGAGGGUUGUUUUGUGGCAGAACUGGUCCUACAGAAGAUUUUGAAGGGAGAGUGGGUGAGAGUAAGAAGGUCUGGGAGGAUGAAUGUAGGAAAUUGGAGGAAGAUGCGACAAAUGGGCGAUGUGAGUGGUGA